AUGGCCAAACCGACAGCAAUGGCCGUAGACGCCCUUCCGAGGUUCCUGCUUCCUAGACUCAGCUGGACUGGUCCUGCGACAGCAUCCCAAGCCCUACGGCCUGUUUCGGCACUCCCUCCGAGCUCGCGCCGUCGGAUGCACACCCGAACCAGUGCUUUCCACGAUUCGAAUUUACCAUCCAGAUGCCGCAGCAAUGGCUUCAAGACCGAGCGCGCCUCUAUACUGGCGAGCCCGGGCCUCACGAGGUCCUUCCAUGCGACUCCUUCAAGGCAAAGAGACCACCACUUUGAUACCUUGAAGUUCGUCCAGCGGAUGAAGAGCGAGGGCUUCACGGAGGUGCAGGCCGAGGCCACGAUGAAGGUCCUGAACGAUGUAAUACAAGAAAGCAUACAGAACCUCACCCGAACCAUGGUCCUCCGCGAAGACGCCGCCAAGGCAACCUACACGCAAAAGGUCGACUUUGCCAAGCUGCGCUCCGAACUCCUGUCCGCCGACAGCACCGAGUCGAGCACGACGCGCGCGUCCCACGAGAAGCUCGGCAACGACAUUGCGAAGCUGAGCUCCCGGCUGCGGGACGAGAUCGGCAGGACGCAGGCCAGUGUCCGCCUGGACCUGAACCUGGAGAAGGGUCGCAUCCGCGAGGAGGCUGUCGGCCAGGAGCUCAAGAUCAAGGAGACGGAAACAAAGAUUGAGCAGGAGGUGGCGGCGCUGCGCGAGAAGCUUGAGCAGGUCAAGUUCCAGACGCUGCAGUGGCUGAUGGGAGUGUGUACCGGUUUCGCCGCUCUGCUUCUUGGUGCCUGGAGGUUGCUCAUGUAA